UUAGUGGGGUGGAGGGAGUACUGGAUACCAUAGCCAUACAUAAUAGUAACUUUUUAAUUUUGAUUAAUGAGAAAAAAAAAAGUUAAAGAUAAAUAAACAAAAAAUGAAACGUCACAAUUUUGGUGACAUAGCAGAGGAUCGUUGCCAUAUUAUUAUUUGUUGUAGCUCAACUGCUACUCUUGUUCCUCAACAUCACCCCAGUGUUGACUUGUGAAUUGAAGCAAGAGCAAGAUCCUUGAUGGGACAGGAAACGAGAAAAUCGGUGUCCGAUGAAUACGAGAUGAAUGAGAUUUUGGGGAGGGGAGGAUUCUCAGUUGUAAGAAGAGGUAUAGAGAAGAGCGCGAAGAAGCAGGUAGCAGUGAAGACGCUGAGGAGACUGGGGGCGAUGACCAAACAGUCCCUUAUCUCAGAUGCAUUGCUCACCAACGAGCUGCUGGUGAUGAGGAAGAUCGUGGAGGACGUGUCGCCGCAUCCCAACGUCAUCCAUCUCUACGACGUGUGCGAGGACAGCGCCGGAAUCCAUCUCAUCCUUGAGCUCUGCUCCGGCGGGGAGCUCUUCGACAGGAUCGUGGCGCAGCCCCGGUACAACGAGGCCGAGGCUGCCGCCGUGGUCAGGCAGAUCGCAGCGGGGCUGGCUGCGUUGCACCGCGCCGGCAUCGUGCAUCGAGACUUGAAGCCCGAGAACUGCCUCUUCCUGAGCAAAGAUGAGGAUUCCCCUCUCAAGAUCAUGGAUUUUGGGCUUAGCUCUCUCCAGGAUUUCACUCAUCCUGUCGUCGGCUUGUUUGGCUCCAUUGAUUACGUCUCGCCGGAGGCCCUCUCAGCCGCCGCCAUCACUCCCAAGACCGAUAUCUGGUCGCUUGGUGUCAUCCUCUACAUUCUCCUUUCUGGGUAUCCACCUUUCAUCGCGCAGAGCAACCGGCAGAAGCAGCAAAUGAUUCUAAGUGGAGAGUUCAGCUUCUACGAGAAAACGUGGAAGAACAUUUCAUCAUCGGUGAAACAACUGAUCAGCAGCCUUCUGAACGUGGAUCCCAACUUGAGGCCGAGUGCUCAAGAGAUUCUUUCGCAUCCUUGGGUGAGUGGUGAUCUGGCUAAGCAAGAUGAGAUGGAUGCUGAGGUUGUGUCACGCCUGCAAAGUUUCAACGCGAGGCGCAAGUUUCGUGCAGCUGCAAUGGCGAGUAUUCUGAGCAGCAGCUUCUCCUUGAGAACAAAAAAGCUCAAGAAUUUGGUGGGGGCUUAUGACCUGAAGCCGGAGGAACUGGAAAAUCUGAGAGAAAAUUUCAACAAAGUAUGCACAAGUGAUAAGGCAACGUUGGGUGAAUUCGAAGAGGUGUUGAAAGCAAUGGAGAUGGUGUCGCUGGUGGGUCUAGCUCCGCGCAUCUUUGAUCUCUUUGAUAACAACAGAGAUGGGAGUGUUGACAUGAGAGAAAUCAUUGCCGGCUUCUCAACUCUCAAAUAUUCACAAGGCGACGAUGCACUUCGACUAUGUUUUCAGAUCGUUCGGGUUGCAUCAGCAAGGAAGAGCUAGCAUCUCUGCUCAAGGUAUGUUAUAAGUAUCGAUUCUCUUCUCUUGUUGUGCUACUGCUGUAUCCAUCAUCUCUGUGUGCGUGUGGCUGCAGGCUUUGCCCGACGACUACCUUCCCGUUGAUAUCACGGAGCCUGGGAAGCUAGACGAGAUAUUCGAUCUAAUGGACGCCAAUAGCGACGGAAAGGUUACGUUCCAAGAGUUUAAGGUUGCGAUGCAGAGAGACAGUGCUCUUCAAGAUGUACUUCUCUCCUCUCUACGACCCACUUAGUGCUAUGCAUUGUAACAUUUGCUAUCAAAUAUCUCCUCUUAUGUUCCACACACUUCGAGUAAUUCCAAAAACUCAUAUUUUCAGGCCUAAA